UUCACCGCUCACCUACAUCACUCCUCCACGAAACUCCACGCAUGCGACGUGAUUCUCAUCUUUUGGUGUAAGCGACACAGAAGCCCCUGGCCCACUAUGGCAGAUGAUGACUUCUCCACCGCAGAUGCUGGCGCCUCAGCUACAUUCCCCAUUCAGUGCUCUGCACUGAGGAAGAAUGGCUUUGUUAUGCUGAAAGGACGUCCCUGUAAGAUAGUUGAGAUGUCUACCUCCAAGACGGGAAAGCAUGGGCAUGCCAAGGUGCAUCUUACUGGAAUCGACAUUUUUACUGCGAAGAAGUAUGAAGAUAUCUGCCCCUCCACACAUAACAUGGAUGUCCCAAAUGUGAUAAGAAAGGACUAUCAGGUUCUUGAUAUCAUAGACGGCUUCCUGACCCUGAUGGAAGACAACGGAGAGACCAGAGAGGAUCUCAGGCUGCCAGACGGUGACAUGGGCAAAGAAAUUGUGAAAAAACUAGAGAGUGGAGACCAGUUUCUGGUGACUGUGUGGAGAGCUGUGGCUGACGAAUCUGUAGUUGGCAUUAAGAACAUGACUCCUAUUUAGACCAUGGCAACAGUGUAGACCUCAGAUUCCUAUCGCCCUCUGUGGUUUUAAAGCUUCACCAAAGCUACUGGCCUUCACCACACAGCUCAACCGGUGUCCCACUUCGAUCCGAUCCUCCCCUGCUGUAAGCUGAAAUUCUAGAAACUGGACUCAGACAGCUUCAGCUGCACUUCACACUCAGACCAAAUUGUCCAUUCAUUGCUUUCAUAGCACCACUGUGUAGCACAUGCCAGGUACUAUAGGAGGAGUCUUUGGCCAUGUUCCACAAAAUCAUAUCAUUCCUACUCGGGUGCGUUGUUCGCACGCCAGCUAGCUAACUUCAGUUUCAAUAAAAAAAAAAAAAAAUCUUAUUAGCUGUAUUGCAGCUCCCCUCCGCUGAAAAUCUGUCUCUGUUUUCACUUUGCAUUCACACAGCUCCCUGUUUAGCAUCUGUGGGUUUUUAUGUAGAUCACAGAGUUUCUUUCUUUUUCUCCACUCGCACUGCAGAUCUGCAGUCAAGUUUUCUACUGCAUGUAGCCCGGUCCCAAGGUCAGUGCUUUCCAGCUGACAACUGUGCUGUCUCAGCAGCCCAAACAGGCUGGAGCAGACAGAGGUAGGCAGAGUGAGGCAGUUUUCUUCCUCUAUGCUAUGAAACUUAAUGUUUUUUUGUUUUGUUUUUUCACUUGAGGCCUUCACAAGUUGGCAAAUGUGUAGAAAUUAUUUUGAAGAAAAAAAAAAAGAAACGUAACAAAUCGUUGUUAAAUGUACAUAUAAAUGUUAGCAAAUCUUAUGUAAAGCAAACUGCAUCUGCAGAAGAUAAGAUCGGAAUGUGUAGCAAAAAAAAGGAGGAAAUGACGUUUUUACAUUUGCAUGUUGCAUCCAUAGUUAAGGGGAAGCGAAGGAAUAUAUUGUCGCUGAUUGGCGACUUGUGGGAGAGCUGUAGGAAACACUUUAGAGAGUUUGUGUGCAGAGUUUGCACUCUAAUAUAUGACUGCACAGAGACUCUUGGACUUGUAUAAAAAAUAAUGCUAGUCUUUUUUAUUUUUCUUCAUUUAAUUUACCUACACUGUUAAGGGUGACAGUAGAUAAAUGCAGGACAUUUGAGUCUCCUGCUGAACAGUGCUUUGGAGAUAUUUUAAACUUUUUCACAUUACAACCUCAAGGUUCAGUGUUUUUUUUUUUUGUUUUUUGGAAUGGACCAAUACAGAGUGGUGUGUGGUUAAAAUCUGAAGAGGACAAGGGCAACUUAAAAAGUCACACCAUUAAGAUUUUCUUUGUGGAGAAUACAUAAUUUGUGUCGGUCUGUCACAUAAAACCACAAUAAAAUGAAAUGUUGAGGGUUGUAGUUGUAAUUGGACAAAAUCUUCAAAGAGUACGUCGACUUUUGUGAGGUGCUGGAUCCAUUUGGGUGCAAGAGAACCUGCUUUUCCAAGCAUGUAUGUUUACCCUACCUCCUGAUGAAAACCCAAAUUAAAAAUAUCUUCUAAUUGUGUUAAUAAUAUCUUGGAAGCAGUGUAGCCUAAGGAUUAUAUUUAGUUGUGGUUUAGAGUGCUCUGACAGAAGCAUAAAAUGUUUUGAAGGAGUUUGCAUGUGUUCAGAAGAGACAAAUUGCUGCCAGUGAGAUGUGGGAAUGACGCAUUUAGAUUUGGAGGAAGUUCUUCUGCUGCACGAGAAGGAAUAAAAGCAAUACUUUAAGGUACUUUUAAAGUUUUCCACCAUAAUGCUGUUUUUAAAUCCUCUUAAAAGUUUUAAGGUAACUGGUUUCUGUAGCAGAAUCUCUCAAUCCUUAAGAAUGGGUGAGGAAAAUGUUUACAUGAUGCUUAAUGACAUCAGGUCACUGCUCAAAAGUUAAUCAUAAAUGGAUUUUUUUUAAAAAUUUGUGUAAAGAUGCAGAUUGUAAUGGGGCAUUUGAAGGUUUUCUGUUCAGUUUUUGUACAACAGCAGCCGGUCUGUUACUUUUGCCUGGGCUUCAGGUAUCCUAAAGUAUUUGAUUUUUAGUUUAGUUUUUUUUAAUUAUUAUUAUUCCACCAAAACACCAAAAUAGUUUGGUAUAUUUUUUUUAUUUGCGAUCAUUCUAGUUUAUUUGCUUUAUUUACAUAACAUUCUAUAAGGAAUUUGUAGCUUUUAAUUCGAAGCACCAGUUUGAUACUUGUAAAUAAAUCUGAGAAAGUAUGUCUAUGAGCCCUCAUUCUGAACUUUGCAAGAUGAAUAACACAUGUUAAUUAAGCACUCUCUAGCACUUUGCCGUGUCCGAUUUUAUUUUAAGUAUUUAUUUUGUGUGUACAUGUGCCUGUACAAAAAUUAAGUUUUGCCUUUUUAAAAAUGUAUUACAAAUUCCUAAUGUCGAAGUAACUUCUAUUCUCAUGGCAUCUAAAGAAGAGGUGUCUUCUUCAACACAUUAGUGCUCAUCUGUGUAUGUGUAAGAAAGUAGAUUUUUGUUUGUUUUAUUUCUUUCAUUUAGUCUCUUUUGCCAGACGGUUUCAUUAUUCAGCCGUAAGGAGAAGCGUCUCUUUAAGCUGCCUCCAAGUAACUAAAAUGCCAAUCUGGACUUCCAGGAGUUAAGCUAACUUUGUGAAUCAUCUAGAACGCCGCAUUAAAUGUUUGUCUUUUAGUUAAUAAAACACAAAGGUGGUGUGCAACGUCCUCUUCAAAAAAUGGUGACUAUUAUUUGUUUAAGCAUUUUUUAACAACCAAGACUGGAGACGCAGGCUUCUGACCACAGAUCCAUGAGUUGUCGCUCCUUCUCACUUUUGUUUUAUCCACAUCCAGCGUCGAUGCUGAAUAAUGUACUAAUGGCUAACGUCCAGUAUUCUGUCUUCAGUCCAAUUUGGUGUGCAUUAUUGGUUAGAAUUGAGGAAAUGUAACUCACUGCCAAGAGGCAUAGUCGACCGUUAGGACACUGUUGACUCGCCACCUCAGAAACAUAACAACAUAAACACGGCGGUAUUACAUGUCUUGCGUAUGGCUCAGGGGAAUGCUGUGCGUUGCAAACUAAGGCUUUUGGGUAAAUCACAGAGCAUUCUGUAAAAGGACACAAGACCUGCAAUCCUGACUGAUCGACUUGUAUGAUAUGGAAGAAUAAAGUAAACUAUAAUGGCGGCUUCAUUGUUACGUGUUUAUUGCGAAACUGUGAUCUGAAACGGGCUAAAGAGAUGACCAGAAGGCUUGAGAGUGUUUUCUGAACGUGGCUGUUCACUUUGGUAAAUGGUUUCAUCAUGAUCUCCUCUUAAAGCUGCCUCUGGUUGUUCAGCUUCUUUCCACGUUUGAGUGCUCAUGAAUUAAAACUAUCAAAUCAUGCACAGCUAUGUUCCAGCUGGGUUUUUGCCUAUGACUCCAUUGUCUGCUGGUUGUAAAGACCCUUGCUUCCUUUAGUCAUGUAGCUAACUAAGUCGACCUUCAAGGUCAAAGGUGUCCAGAACAUGUAUGUUCAAUUUGUGUGAAUGGUGAGAGUUUUUGUUUCAAAUGAUCCUACAGAACAUCUUCUGUAGCUACGACCCACCUCCAAGCUACAAAUCCAGCUUACUCGUUUGCUAUGUACAUCAACCUUCAGGGGGUUUUGGUUGCUUCAGAAGAUAUAAAAGUCCUGACAUGAAGUGUUUUUGUGACAGAAGCUCUUGGGAUGGCUACCAUGACUGCUUUUGGUUUUGUUUGAGAUCCUUUUGCCUUCAAAUAAUGAUCUUGUGAGUUUUCUAGUAUUUGCACAAUUGUCUGUCUCAGAUGUAAUAGGAUUUGGACUUUGCAGAUUAUUUUGCUUUUGAUAGGGCUACUUCUAUUUGUCAAAGCAAAACUGGCUCAUAUGUAUGUUUGGAUCGUUACAUACUGUAUCUGAAAGUGGAAAAUAGGCAACCUAUGCUGGAGUGUCAUACAUAUUUGCAGUUUCUAGUGGGGAAAUUGACCUGCUCUGGAAAAUAUUUGGAUACCUAUUUUCUCUAUUCUGACUAAUGUUUGGCUGCUGUCCUGAAAACACUUUCUUUUCAUUGUUUUGCAAAAUAAAGUCCCUUCAGAUGUCCCAGUCUUUGCUUCACUGACAAAUUAUUUAAUCUUGUUUUAUUGCAAUAGAGUUGUUCUCCAUUCAUCUCUCUUCAAAAUAACUCCACCGUCUACCAACAAGAUAUUUAUAAAUUAAAUUGAAUUUGUCAUGUAAAGUAUGGAUUCAGUCCAGUUUCAGAAUGGUUUUCUAGUGCGCAGUUGGAAGGUACUUCUAAUACUGCAACUACUAUGAAGUGAAAAAUUCUGCUCCAUCAAAAUGUUUAUGUCCAUCAAUCAAUCAAAAUGUUAUGAAAGAAGAUUAGAGCCAGUAGGAAAAAUAAAAAACUGACUAAAAUCUUCUGAAAUCAAAAGUCAGAAUUCUUUUGAUUCUCUUUCUAAUUCUCUUUUGUAAAAUGUAAAAGAAGAAAAAAGGAUGAGCUGUCCGAACUAUUAGAUUCUCUGAGUUCAACAGUAGAUGGCAAUAACACAUCACUUUUCAUGUAUAUACAAUCUUUUGUUUUUAGUGGUAAAAGUGUUUGCACGUCCUUGACGUGAGAGUAAAGUUUUUUUUGCGUGUGUGUGUAUAAUUAGACAAGAUUUUAAACAUUUUAAUGCAACUCUCAGUGACACCCAAUUUUAUUUGUGCCUAAGCCAUGAAUUUUAUAGAGAAAAUUGUCUAAAAGCAGUGAAAAUACUGCUGCAAAUAGCCACAAACACCCUUUUAAGUGCAUGUAAACAGUGAUCCUUCCCACAGGACGAGCCGCGUUGGAUUACCUGUGAGGACGGGCUCAGUAACACAGGCUUCUUGGUCAUUACAAUGGAAACUCCUGCACUUAUUCCUGCCAAGAAUGUUUUGCCGGGAUAUGCAGAACUCUUUCAAGGCUCACGUGGGAAGUGAAGCCGGGAUUGCACAGAGGAUUGACCGAGGUACUACAAACCAUCCCGCAGAACCCUGAACCUGUUUAUGCAGACGGCAAACCUGUCGGAUUCCUCUCUGAUUUAUGAGAGAGAUGAGCCGGACUGAAAUGGCUCCGCAUUUGAUAGAGUUUUGUGGCACAAGGCUUGUCUUAUAAGUCGGGGAAAGAAGUGCUCUACACACAUCGGCUGCUUACAUCAACAGUGAGGUUGGGUCAAGCAUAGGAAGGGCCCUUCCGUAACGGCGGGAUCUGUUUCUCGAAACAGCGUGAAAAGGGGAGGCAGAGGAGAUCAAAGCCCGCGUGUGAACCGUGCUUUUAUUGAAACUAUGUGGGAUUAACCAGACUUGUCUUUCUGCGUGCAUGAAAGGGAAUGCCCAUAAAACUUGAAGAGAAUUUUUUUUUAUAUAUGUUUUCUUUCACCUCUUUUCUGCUAGUAGGUUGAAUCUACUAUAGGAUCCAAAAGGAUCCAGAUUUUCUUUUGGAAUCAAAUCAAGUGGAAACCCUGUCAUCUUUGACAGCAAUCAGGAGGAUUGAUAUAGGAUAGAAGGAGGCAUUUUGGGCUCCUUUCAUGUGCUGUGUCCCACUGAGAGACAAACAGCUGGGGGAGGUUUGUGUGCCAGAUGGGAGGAGAAACGAGCGUAUUGGUGAGGAGCCUUUGAUGGAUGGUGAUAUUUUUACAUAAGUGACCAUUUAUCACUCGCCGGACAGCUUUUUCUCCCCCCCUCCCCCUCUAACGACACCAGUUCAUUGCAAAAGUUUUUAUGGCUCUCCAAGAUUAUUGCGCAUUUUCCCUUGAUACAACAAACUUCUGUGUAUUUCGUUGAGAUGUUAAAUGACAGACCCACACAAAUUAGUGCAUCAUUAGGAAGUGGAAGGAUAACAAUACACGGUUUUCAAAAUGUUGGAAGACCCCCCCAAAAAGAAUAUGUCUAGGAAAUUAUCUCGAGGAGUGUUAAUAGGGAAAGCAGUUGAGAGGUUUGUGACUCUGGAGGGGCUGCAGAGAUCGCGAGCUCAGGUGGAAGACAUUUUCCAUUUUGUGAAUUGUUUAAUUUGUGCUUAAAAAUGUUGGUCUAAUAAACCUGCAUUAACCGUCUGUGGUGAGGGGGUCAAGCUGGACCAUUGUAAAAUUGCUGUCUAUGUCUGCUGAAAAUCAAGUGAAGACUUGGAGUUGGAAUUGCGAGAAAGAUGGCUUCUCACGUAUCACCUUGGGAGGACAAAUAUAGAUGCAGGAUACUACUGGAAACCAUAUAUCUAGUUACUUUAAUUUUGCUGGACCUGCUAUUUUCUUUUCUUUUCAACUAUGUCUCUGUGUGAGUGGUGUUCAGGAAACUGUGAUUAAGACCAGAAGGGAGCUUUUCAUCAAAAAAUGGCUAUGAUAACAGAUGUGUUCAUUUGAGUAAGGGGCUCGCAGCAUGCUUCGUAUUUUAAUCUUACUCUCAGAUAGCUGUGAAGAUGUUCUGUGCAGCAGUGAAGGAAUAACUUUACUUUGUGGGUAAAACAAUUUAGGAAAGCUAAAUGCUACAUUUUAACAACUACUAUUUACCUCAAAGCCUUAAGCUAAGUUAUUGCAUAUUGUUAAUUUGUCUAACGUGCAUUAUUUUCUUUUGUGACAACACAUUGCAGCUUUUCUAAUUUAUCCUCAGCCUGGUUAACAAUGAGGCUUCUGUUUCUGACUGGUUGUCUCGGUUGAAUCGAGUCUGAUCCGGACUGUAACCUCCCGCUGCUGCAUGUUGUUCCUGGCACAGCUUUGAACUUCCCUGUGUGUCUGCGGCGUAUGUACUGUGUGCAAGCAGCACACAGAGUAUGAGUGUAUAUUUGUCAGAGCAGGUAGUAGACUUAGUAGCUGGAAUGUUCGGAGCCGGCGUCCAACAUCUGGAGGCUGACUCCAGAAGAAGCAUAAAGAAGAGCUGGUGGGUCGGACAGAUCAUUAUUCAAACCAGAUGGGGGUAACUUCUCAUAAAAGUGGUAUAUAAACAAAAAAAACCCCACCACGCUGUAUUUUCUUUCACUUUUAUUUUGUUCAGCUUAGGAGUAAAUGGCCAUUCUUCUCUAGUGUGCUCUAUAAAGUAAGAUAUUUUAGGAAAAAUAAUGAAUAUACAAGAAACACGGGAUAAUUCUGAAUUCAUUGGGAAUUUUCUGCUUUGGAGUUCGUUUAAAUAAGUUUUGUCAUAUAUUUGAAUUUUAGGUUCGGGUUAGUCUAUGACAUUUGAGUUAGUGUGAGGUCAAUGCACACAUUUCAGAACCUGAAUAUUAGCCUCUUUAUUCAUUCCUACACCACUUUUGAUGUGUUUCUUAGACCCUUGUUUUUAUGUUGAUGUUCCAAUUGUCCCAUUUAACCCUCCUUUGUGCAAUGCACCAGCAUGAUGCUGCCAUCACCAUGACCACUGGUGUCGUGCUCUUGGAUUCGAAAGCCAAACCAUAAAAUGUUUCUCCAGAAGGCAUUUGUCUUUUGUCAAAUGCAAGUGUCAGUGGGCCAUCGGGAUUAUUAUUAAAGACAUUACAAACAUG